GAUUGUUCUCUCCUUCAGACAACUGAUCCUGCUGAAAACUGGUUUCUCGGAGAUAUUCUGGGAGCAAAAGACAUUUGAAACGGGCAUCCCACGACCUGCUGGAAUAGGUGGAUUCGCAACGAUGGACAACAUGACUGAAACAACCCUGGCGGACGACGGAGUGAUCCUAAACAGGCGAUUAUGUCUCUAUCCUAUUUACGGAGUCACCGACCUCGAUUCGCGGUUGAUGUAUUACUUUGUAACCUACGUCCCGAUGCAUCUGUUUGUUGAAUUCUUCGGCGUGAUCGGUAACGGCCUCUCAUUCGUCGUCUUGGGAUUGGAGAGGCCGUUCACAUCAACCUCUGUACUACUAAGGUGCCUGGCCAUCUCAGACACGUUGGUUUUGCUAGGCCGUUUCUUCUUUUCGACGAUGGUCCAGCUAUACCAGUUCUUGGGGGUCCUUCCAGUUUACAGAAAACUCUACGAGAUGGGGUACGCCUAUUUAUGGGCAUUUUUCUGGUUUGCAAAGACGUGGUCUGUUUACAUUACGAUAUUCGUGGCGGCGGAAAGAUACAUUGCCGUCUGCAAGCCACUGCGCGCUGCGUCCAUCUGCACAAUACGGAACGCCCGCAUUGUAUGUCUCUCUGCUAUGAUUUUCUCCAUAGUCUAUCGCAUCCCGUAUCUUUUCCCUUACACAUCUCAAUUGAAAUACGAUCGCUGCUCAAAAACCUACUUGCCAAAACUUUCCUAUAGACCAAUGAACUCUAAUCCGUUUUACGUAUUCAUUUACCAAUUGUUCCUACACAAUUUUCUGAUGUCUUGGUUCCCGAUAUUCAGUAUGGGGUUCUUCACACACCGUCUAAUCUCUGCACUGAAGAAAUCCGCCUCCAAUACCCUCAGCACAAGUGGCGGUAGAGUUGCUGACAAUGUUAGAGCAACCACCAUCAGAGUCCUGGCCGUAGUAUACAUUUUCAUUAUACUGGAGCUACCAGGUUCCUUAAUACAAAUCGUGGCUGUCAUGCGUAAAUAUGGUUAUUUCUCGGACAAAAUCGACUAUUGGAAGUAUCAUUAUCUUCUGACCUUCUUUUAUUUUCUGAGCGUGGUGAACUGCUUCAUCAACUUCUACAUAUAUUGUCUCACUGGAUCUCGAUUCAGGCGGACCCUGAGAAAAGUACUUCAUCUGCCGAAGGUUAUAGGAAGAAAGUGCAAAGCCCCAACACCUGGGUCAGCCGAUCAUUAUGUUGGCGCCCAAUAGGAGGCACAGUCAAGAUGCCAUCACACUAUUGCUCUAUGUUCCAAAAGAUGCAAAUCUCGUAUCAACGAUAAUAAAAAGCUGUUAAAAAUUGCUACAUGUACAACAUUGGCCUUUACUAGCAAAAUGGUGUUUUGACUAUAAUUAUAAUCAGAGCUAUAACGUGUAGAAAAAAAUAAAGCAUAAUCGUUACAUUAUUUCGGUUUUAAGCCUUUGUUAUUCUUAUUCAGUGUAGGAAACAGAACUCGGGUUGACUUGGAUAAAGUUGAUGUUAACAGUGAUGUUAUGUACAUUUCUAUACACAAACAUCAGUACUAUCUCCAGCUUUCUAAACCCAGUUUCCUCCGGCAAAUGUCUUAAGAUGCAUCAGCAACGGAACACGAUCUAGUACAAGAGGAACUUCGUGGUUUAACUGCUGUAGUUUACUUUGCCCAUGCCAGAUUAUGGGUUCCCCAUGGUUGCGUGAAGACUUGAAACCUUUUGAGAUCAAAGCCAUCCUUUUAUCGACUUCAUGAAAUGAACAUUUCGUACUAUAUCAAGCCCUUUUUCGUCUGUUAGGUCAGUCUCUCUCGCACUUCUUUCACACAACAAUGUCGGCGAUCGAACCACAUUUACAUGACAGCGAACCCGAUAGAAAAUAACAGUCGCUGUCAAUCACGCUCAUACAACUAAGGAAAUGAAAGGAUGAAAGCUGCAGUAACGCCAUUCAUGAAAGAAAAUCCAAAAAAUGGUUGAAAACCGGAUAAUUAAAGCAUAAUCAUGCACACUUUUGUUGUAUAUCCAAUAACAAUUUGGUUUUCAUUACUUCACAUAAAUGAAAUUAUGCAUUUGAUUAUUUACAUGCAGCCGGUACCUGUGAAUGCACUUUUAGAUUGCUGCAUGAGUCGACAUUUUUAUACGGCCGAAUAAUCAUAUUUUCUCAGCAUUCAAAUGUUCAAAAUGACAUCUUACAUGCACAAAUUGGUUAUAGCCUGCUGGGGCUGGCAAUAGGAGAAAGAAUUAUUGAAAUGUAGAGGCAUUGAAAUGGCUAGGCAUCAACCAGUUAUUCUUUAAAUCCAUUCAAGUUGUGUAUGGAGUCUGAAAAAGGCCUGACAUGUGCUUUCAAAUUUUCUAUGGAAUCGGCUAACCUAGUCAAUUUCCGUAGGUGAUCGGUCGCCAAAGCAUUGUAACCUUGCGACAAAUAUCUGAUGUUUGGCCACUUUCUCUGGCGAAAUGCGUGGUUGGAAACCAGUCGCGGCUCAAUCACAUCACGCAGGUGAGCAGGUGUGAUUCCGAUCGAAACAGAUCGAGCCAACAUUUUGAACAAGAUCAGGGAAUAUCGCAGGGAAGUUAAUGCAAGUAACCAACAACACGACUUCCACAAACUACGUUACGUUUGACUAACCAUAUCAGUUGUACCACUCUUCAGGUGGUCUAUGAAAUGUUAUCGUCAAUCAUUUUCAAUUCAAUUUUGUAAUUUGGAGUUUUUACCAAGGAUUAUUGUAAAGCUACUGACAUCUUCAAGAAAUUACAUGUAGGGUAGAAUGCAGUAUGUGUAGCCCCUGCAUUGUUUGAUGCAUGGGGAUAUCAAUCAUUGUC